AUGGUAUUGAAUUUGACAAGUUUGCUACUUUUUUAUCCACCAAUUGUCAAACUCAAAUAUAAUUCAAUUGAAUAUAAUUUGCCGAUUCUAAUUGAUCUCGAUUUACCAGUUACCAAAUUCUUAUGGUGGGUUUAUUGUACUGAAUUAUUUGUCAUUUUUCUAUCAUUGGUUUUUAUGAAAUGGGUCAUGUGUAUGAUUUAUUCAAUUGUUGUGAUUCAUAGAAAUUUGAGAUAUAUGUUGAUUUUUCAUUUGAUUCAUUAUUGGAUUGGUGGAAUUGCUCGAUUAUAUUUAUUAUGUAUGCAAAUGCAUAUUGUUACGGGUGAGUAUUUUUUGUUCCGGUCUAGAACGAAUAGUUUUUCGAAAAAAAUUCUAAAGGUUUCUCUGCGAUAAAUUCCAAUUUUCUAGUCACUUCACAUAAAAAAUGUUAUUUUAACCCUUCAGACAACUUCUGACCGAAAACUGAUAAUUAAAUAUACACGGAACAAAUGUUCAUGAUAAUUCAAUAGAAUUAAUAAUUUUCCGAAAAACAAUUAAAUGUUUUUUAGACCGAACAUCGAUAUUUAAUAUGUUUGCAUCAUUUGGAAGAUUUCAAUUUUUCUCGUACGCGAUUUGUGCAGCAUCAGGAAUUGCUGUUGAAAGGUUUUUCGAAACAAAUGUGUUAAAAAAUGUAGAAAAAUAUUUCAGAAUUUUCGCAACGUAUUUUGUUCUGGAUUAUGAAACUAGAAAUCGAACGUGGAUAAUUGUGACAUGUUGUAUUUAUCUUUUCACUCAUGCCAAUGUGUUUUUCACAAUUCCUCUCACAUUCUCAAACAUUCCAAUUAUUUAUAUUGCUUUGUACUUUUUCAUAACAAUAAUAUUAGCAAAGCUAAUAACAGUUAAAUUAUAUAAUUAUAAUUUGAAAGAACUUGAGAAACUGAAUUGGAAAAUUGCGAAUAAUCGACAACUUGUUUAUACAGUAAGCAAGAAGUUUCAACUCGAUGAAAAUGUUCGGAUCUUGAAAGUACUGUAGUAUUUUUUUUCCAAAAAAAAAUAUUAUUUUUCAGCAUCUCGAUGAGAUUGGCGUCGCUUUUGCUUUAUCUGUUCUAUUUUCAUUGGGAUGUAUUCUUGUAAUUUGUUCUCUUUUGGGAACUGAUAAUUUUUCUGGUCAUGUUACAGUUGUUAUAAUAGAUUUUCUGAUUGCUGGGUAAAAGAUUUCCUCUCAUUUCCUUCAAAUUAGGACAUUUACAGAUCAGGAAUAAUCCUUCCAGCUUUGUGUGUUUAUAUUGUUCGUCGAGAAAAUGCUAGCAAUAAAUUGAAAUCGAAAAUUCGAUGUAUUCGAAGAAAUGCGCCAGAAUUCAACACUGUUCUCAAACAAAGUCGUAUCGCAAGUAUUUCAAAUGCGACACAUACUUAUUUUGACGAACUACAAAAGUCAUGGAAAUAA